UCACGUGCAAUAUUCUGUAGAUUUGCUUCCUUCUUCAUCAUAAACCCCUUUAAAAACCCCAUUUUUCUGCUCCCAAUUCCAAAACCCACCAUUUUUCUCCCCUUUUUGAGCUUUUUUGAGCUUUUUUUCAUAUGGGUUUCCCUCAAAAAGCACUCAUUUAGAUUCAAACUAAGAACAAACAAAAGGAAAAUGGCAUUAGAAGCUGUGGUUUUUUCUCAAGAUCUUUACACCUCGUUUGGUGGAGGGAUUUGGACAAAUGGGAGCUUUCAAUUUCCUCAAAUCCCUCAUGAUUUUCCCGAGAAACAAACAGAAAAUUUCCCUUUUGAAGAUUGGAACUCAUCCUCCUCUGUUUUUCUUCCUAUUCCUUCCCCUGAAGAACCUGCCAUUUCCAGAAAUCCGCCAUUGGAGGCUGAAUCAAGAACUCCAAACCCAAUUCGACCCAGAAAACGACGACCCAAAUCCCGCAAGAACAAGGAAGAUAUCGAAAAUCAGAGAAUGACCCACAUCGCCGUUGAGCGAAAUCGACGAAAACAGAUGAAUGAGUAUCUCUCUGUUCUUAGAUCCUUAAUGCCAGAGUCUUAUGUUCAAAGGGGGGAUCAGGCUUCAAUUAUUGGGGGAGCUAUUAAUUUUGUGAAGGAGCUUGAGCAACAAGUUCAAGUUCUAUCAACAAUGGAAAUAAAAACAAAGGGUUGUUCUUCAUCAAAACCCCCUUUUUCUGAGUUUUUCACCUUCCCUCAGUUCAAAUCAAUGGAGGGUUGUUGUUCAUUGGGUGAAAACGAAACCCAAUGUUCUUCCAUUGCUGAUAUUGAAGUAACAAUGGUGGAAAAUCAUGCAAAUUUGAAAAUCAGAUCAAAGAGAAGGCCAAAACAGGCCUUGAAAAUCGUUGCUGGCUUGCAUUCUCUUUGCCUCUCUGUUCUUCAUCUCAAUAUCUCUACCAUAAACCAAAUUGUUCUUUACUGUCUAAGCGUGAAGGUUGAAGAUGAUUGCAAGCUGAAUUCUGUUGAUGAAAUUGCAUCUGCUCUGCAUCAGUUGCUUUGUAGAAUCGAAGAAGAAUCAGUGAUGAACUGAAGUUUUUGUUUAUGGGUUUAGAUUGUAAUCUUGUUCUAACUAAUGGAAUCUCUGUUGUUUAUGUUGAAUCUUUGAAGAAUUUCAUCUGGGUUUUGAGCUCUGUUCUUCAAGUUCUUGUUAAAAAGUAAUGCUUUUUCUGAUCUAAGAUUGAAAAAGGUUAAAAGAUU